CGGCGUAUCACAUCACUCCUGCCCAACUUCAGUCUUGGACGAACCGAAUUCUUUUCUGUGCAACUUUACUUUGUGGCUGUAUUCUUACCGCUGCGUUAACAUCCAUAAUGUCUAUGUAGGUGCUUCUUUCAGCUUGGAGAACAAAAAAGAAGCUGCUGUUUCUCUUACAGGAGAACUCUUGGAGAUACCCAGAGGAGGGGAACGAGCAUCAUUUUCUUGUAUGGUAUGUAAUAUUACAUUCAUCUUCAUUUGGCUGCAACACCAAAGAUCAGAUGUGAGAGGUAAAACUUGAAAUUUUGGUCUCAAGGUUUUGUUGCUUACUUAUGGGAUUGGAAAAGAGCUACUGUUUCUUAUAUUUGGUCUGUUUAAAUGUUGAGCAGGUCAUUUGAUCAGUAGUCAGAUCUCUAUAUAAUGUGUCCUGAUCAGUUUUUUUUUCUCUCCCUGUUUUCUCUUCAUUCCAAAUGUGUUUUACUGCAGAAUUAGAUUCAAAUGAGGGUUUUUUAUUCAUUUAAAGACUUGUGGCAAAUACUUAUGACAUGACACAUAGCUUUUAGAUGUUUCAUUUAGUAGAAUAAAAACAAGACAAUGCAUGUCGGUCAUUCAAAAUAACCAAUAAUAUCUUAUCUUAUCCCAAUCCCACCAGUAAUUUUUUUUAACUUUUUCGAGUCUAAAAGUGAAAUUUAAUGAAACUUCUACUUUGCCGAUUAAUUACAGCACAUUAAUUAUUUUAAGUGUAUUAAUUUUCACAAUGCAUGUGAAAUAGAUCCCCUUUAAUUGAUGCACUAAGGUCAGCUGAUUUGAAUAAUUAAAAGCCCUAUUUGAAGGCCAAACCAGGUGUGGUAGCAGCAGGCACCCCUGUUAAAAUGACAGCAGAGCACAUGCUGUGUUUUAUCAUUUUAUUGUGAUAUUUUCAUAGUUACUAACUGGAGGCCUCUUUGUCCUUUCCAGGAGACUGUUGAGGGGCUACAUUAGUUCAGUCUGUUGUGAUUUAAUACUCCUGUUUAUUAAAACUGACUCAUCAUGUUACUAUUUUUUUAAUGAUUCCGAAAUGAGCAGAAAAUUUAAUCUUUAUGCAUAAAAACGACUGAAACAACCAGGUUUUUAAAUGUGUAAUAUAAAUGUCCUUCACAGAGCACACAGACAUCUGCUCUGAGCCAUGAAGCGCAGUAAGCACAGAGGACACAAGGAGGACAAACAUGGAGGUAACAGCCGCUAAGAUGGGUGACAGAGGAUUGGUUCAUUUAUGCGGCAAAAUCAUGGCUGAUAUUUCAAACAUUAUUUUGACUCACAGCUUCUUCUUGCCUAUUAGAGGAAGUCUUUAGAGUAAAACAAAAACACAAAAAACAAUAUUUAAUCAAGAUGUUCUGCACUCUACAAAAUUUUGCUAUAAUUAUCACUAAUUCCUUCAUGAUGAUGUCCAGAUGAACCAGCAAUUCUGGAGACAGAGAACCUGGACCGUGAUGGGAUGUUCAUGGGAGGAGGCCCAGAUCCAGACACCAUCUCUCUGGCCUCAGUCACAGCCGUCACCACCAAUGUAUCCAACAAGAGGCAAGUGUACAGAUGAGGUUUUUUUAAUCAUAAUAAAGCUUCUGUUUAUUAUUGAACCAGCCUGAAAAUCCCACUUUAUGACUGAAACCCUGAUGUUAAACAGAUCAAAACCAGACAUAAAGAUGGAGCCCAGCUCUGGAAGACCAGUAGAUUACCAAGUAAGAGAAGCCUGAUCAAUGUUUUUUAAACAGCCUGUCUGAAUAUUAAUAAAUUCAUAUUCAGUUUGUAGAUAUCUAAACUGUUUGGUGGUUUCUUUUCAGGUCAGUGUGACAGUGAUUGAGGCGAGGCAGCUGAUUGGACUCAACAUGGACCCGAUGGUCUGUGUGGAGAUUGGAGAGGAUAAGAAGUACACCUCCAUGAAGGAAUCAACCAACUGUCCAUACUACAAUGAAGUGAGUCAAAAUGAAUAUGUUUAUUUGGUAAAAUCAGAACAUUUUUCGCCGUAUCAGUUUAGUCACGCACUUGUUUUCCUCUCUAGUACUUUGUGUUUGACUUCCACGUCCCUCCAGAUGUGAUGUUCGACAAAAUCCUAAAGAUAUCGGUAAGUUCGGUCAAAGUAAUUCAUGUUUUUAAAUCAUGUAUCAAGUUUUUCAAUAUGAAUCUUAAUAUGGUUAAUUUACUUAGAAGUGCUCGAAUUCAAUUGGCCAAAUUUAGAUACAAGGCACAAUGUUUAAAUGUCGUAAAUGAGAGCAAUCAAUAAUGUGUGACUCCGCCCUCCGUCCAGGUACACAGAAUGACCUCAGAUUAGCUGCUGUCAUGUGACCUGUGGAGUGUGACAUGAUUGGCUGGAUAUUGGUUUCUCGAGAUUAAGGAUUAAUUGCUGCUCCUGGAUGUUUAAUCUGAAUCUUAAUGUAGUCCAUUAAAUUUUUUAAUCUGAAUUUGUGAACAUUUGGGAUAAAUUCUCUAGAAUGUGAAGAGCUGAAUUCAGAGUCACAUUUUGGAGCAGCUUUACUUCCAUAUUUUUCCUUAUGAGUUCUAAGACCAAUGUGUAAUGUUGCACCGUCUUGUAUCCCUGAACCAACCUUUAGGUAAUUCACUCCAAAAACCUUCUGCGCAGUGGAACACUGGUUGGAACUUUCAAACUGGAUGUCGGCACAAUCUACUCCCAGCCUGGUAAAAAAGAUAAUAAGAGGAGAUCUGCUGUCAUUAUGAGCUGCUGAUACAGAUAUCUCAUUAAGUAUGUCCUCCCUUUGGUCCUGCAGAUCAUCAGUUUUACCACAAGUGGGCUCUGCUGUCGGAUCCCGAUGACAUUACAGCGGGUUGUAAAGGCUACGUUAAGUGUGAUAUUGCAGUUGUGGCCAAAGGAGACACAAUAAAGACACCUCACAAGGCCAAUGAGUCGGAUGAAGAUGACAUAGAGGGGUAACUAGCUUUAAAUGAGCAGUUUUACCCUUUUCUGAAAUCUAAAUCUUCACAGCCAUGUGCAUAGUUACAGAGUUGUGAGAAUCUCCUUUAUCAUCUUCUCAGAAAUCUCCUAAUACCGGAGGGUGUCCCUGCAGAACGACAGUGGGCUCGUUAUUACCUGAAGAUCUACAGAGCCGAAGGACUCCCCAGAAUGAACACCAGCAUCAUGGCCAACGUCAAAAAGGCCUUCAUAGGAGAAAAUAAAGACCUGGUGGAUCCUUACGUCCAAGUUCAGUUUGCAGGGCAGAAGGUGGGCAACAGUAGAGACCCAAAAGACCCAUUUUAUUUGAUAUCACUGAGUUACCACUCUUGAAUUGAUUUAAAUGUGUUUCUAAUGUGUGAUUUCAGGGGAAAACGUCAGUUCAGAAGAGCUGCUACGAGCCCAUCUGGAACGAGCAGAUAGUUUUCACUGAGAUGUUUCCACCCCUGUGCAAGCGCAUGAAAAUCCAGAUCCGCGACUCUGAUAAAGUGAAUGAUGUUGCCAUGGGAACACACUUCCUGGACCUGCGGACGAUUUCGAAUGAUGGCGACAAAGGUGUGUCUCAAUCUGAGACCCAAUCAUGAAGUUAUGAACAACAAUCAUGGAAGUGUCUAUCUCAAACCCAUCCAUUGUGUUCAUUCUUUACCCAUCAGGCUUCCUCCCUACUCUUGGGCCUGCCUGGGUCAACAUGUACGGCUCCACUCGUACCUACACCCUCAUGGACGAGUACCAGGAGCUAAACGAGGGGCUCGGGGAGGGAGUGUCCUUCCGGGCCCGUCUGCUCAUCAGCCUCGGCGUGGAGAUCCUGGACACCUCCUCUCCUGACAUUUCCAGCUCCACAGAGGUCCAGCUGGAGGGGAUACCCAACAUCUCAGAGGUGGGUCCCUGCUCGGAUGGGCAGCCAUGCAGAGGGCGGCCAUUGUAACUCCUGCUGACAGGUCAUUGUCCUGCAGCUAGAGUGAAUUAUUAAUUGUCUGUAUUUAGCCCACCUGGUGCAUUAUUAACACGCAGAUUGCUUCAGUGAGGCUUCUUUUUGUUGGUGGACAAAGAAGGUCACACGGUAACCUCAGUGGAGCAUAGUGAGACCUUAACUCCUUAAAUCCUUUGGGAGUCAGUUCUCUCUGAUCCACAAUAUUGUGUUACACAGUUGUCAGGACCACUACAUAGCUUUUCAUGUUAGCUUAGCAUGACACUGCCAACAUUUGUCUGACUAAAAAAGGUUGAAAAAUUGAGACUGUAAUCACCUAAAUUCAGUCACUUAUACUUGUUCAUCUUUUCACAGACUGCUACUGGGAAGGUCGAGGAGUUCUUCCUUUUCGGGUCCUUCCUAGAGGCAACAAUGAUCGACAGAAAGAUUGGAGAUAAGCCCAUCAACUUUGAGGUCACCAUAGGUAUUUGAUUAAGAAUGGAUUAUGGUCACCAAUAAGAACAGUAAUUGUGCAGCAUUUGCCCCCAUCUGCUCUGUCUCAAAGUCCAGUUCACAAAUAAUAAUUCUGAUGAUAUUCAAGCCCAAAAAAAACACACAAAGUUCUGCAGCUCAGAGCAGUUUGCCCCGAUUUUGUGUUUUUAAUUGUGAGCUGUCUGCAUCUCCACUCUCUGCUGCACAGAGCUGAACUGUGCACUCUCAUCCUGACAAUACCAAAUUCAAUCUACAUCUAUGAUGAGACCUCAACAUGGAGUCAGUUCCUGGCAGAUGAGACACAAAUUUCCCAAUGAGGCCCAUUUGUAUUUCGAGAAAUGUUUUUCUCAAGUUGUUAUUUCCAGCUUUAUGUGCCUUUAUGAGGAGAGGAUGGCACAGCUGAUAAAGCAAACUGGGGAAAAGAGUAGAAAGUGACACGUGGGGAAAAGGCCUCAAGUUGGAAUCAAGCCUAGGCUGCAAAAGAGGCAUAUUUUGACCCAAUCAAAUGCAUAAUGGCUCUUUUAAAUGUAUGCAAACAGCAACAGCUUAUAGAAACGUUAUUUGCAUAACAGUGCAGUUUGUGGUGCUUUUCAAUCCACUGUGCAUUCUUUGUGCAAAAGACAGUAGUUUUUUUGGCUAUUGCACAGGUUGACUGUGUAUAAAAAUCAUGCAAACUUAAUAACCUAAUUUCACUCAAAUUUGAAUUAGGCUACACUUAAGUAAAGUUUCUGAGUAAAAUCCCCUCAGAAGUUCCUCCUUUAAAACUUGCAUUUUGUUAGAGGAGUAUUAUUAAGUUGAGAACCAUUGUAGAAAACUCAAUAGUAGAAAAUAACAAAGUUUAGAAGUCCUUCUCUGUAGGAACUUGGAUUUGUCGACCACAUCUUAUCACGAGCUGAGAGUGCAGCACAUUUCAUGAUCUGAUUAGGACCAUUUUUGCUGUGUAUCAGGUUACUAUGGAAAUGAGAUCGACGGGAUCGCCCAGCCGAAGACAAAAGGAAAGAAAAGUGACGGUGAUGAAGAGGAAACUGAACUGAUCCACAACUCCAGUGAGGAGGAGAUGGAAGAUGAUGGGGACCUGAUGUCAGUGGCGACCACCCCUCCGAUGAAACCAGUCAUCACUGACCGGUCAGAGCAGAAAAUAUCAUCACCAUAGUACAGUUGUUGUAUGAUGGUUUUAAGCUUAAACACUCCCGAAUGGUAUUUAUAUCAUAGGACAUAAAUUUACUGGAUGUUUUUUGAGUUUUAUAGUUAAAAUAAUUUCUUAAAAACUGUUGAUAACUGUACCUUCUAUGUUUAUCUACAGAAACUACUUCCACCUGCCAUAUUUUGAGAGGAAGCCGUGUAUUUACAUCAAGAGUUACUGGCAGGAUCAGAGAAGACGGCUGUACAACGCCAACAUUAUUGACAAAAUCGCAGACAAACUGGUAAAUCAUAUCGAUAGCUGUUAAAUUGACUGUAUGCAGUGUCAUUGACUGAUCUUUAAUAUCUUUUAUUGCUGCUACAGGAGGAUGGACUGAACGAUGUGCAGGAGAUCAUCAAGACAGAGAAAGCGUAUCCUGAGCGGAGACUGAGAGGGGUACUGGAGGCGCUCAGCCAGGGCUGCAGGUCUGUGGCUGCAAACCUCGGCCAUAUUUGGUAAAAACAACAACAAAAACAGAGUGUUAUAGACUUAAAAACUGACUGAGAUCUACCUCUUUCAGUCAGUUUCUUGAGCUAGCAAACAAAGACCAGAACCAGUCCGGCAGAACCAAACUGGACAGGGAGAGACUGAAGCUGUGCAUGGCAGAAAUGGUACGUAAGAUAAAAACACGUGACGCUUUUUCUUUUUUAACUUAACUCAUUGAUAUUGAAACUGUCUCCAAAUGCUCGGUGCUCUCUCUGGAUUUAGGAGAAUAUCGGCCAGCAAGCUAAAACCAUGAGGACGCAGGUGAAGAAAAGCACAGUGAGGGAUAAAAUCAAGCUGGCUCAGAACUUCCUGUCAAAGCUGCGCUUCCUGGCUGAUGAAGUAAGAUUACCGCAACACAUCAAACACAUAGUGUUGCAUGUUUUUGCAUAUUUCAUUGUAUAAUAAUAUCAAUAAUUAUAACAACUUUAUUAUUAUGGUUGUUGUUAUGAGGAGGACUAUAGCCUCGGUGGGUGUGCUUAGAUUAAUAGGCAACCAACGCCACGUACAGCACCUUUAAUUACAAAUGUAUACAAAGGCAGGAAUAAGCAGAAGUCUAGAAAGCUUAAACACGCAAUGGCAAAAGUCAAAUAAACAGAAAGAAAAUGAUUUUUAAUGACAGUAGAAAAAUAGAUCAUAAAAAGGCCAAAAAAAAAGAGAGAAAACAGCAUUAGAGGUUUUGCUAGUUAAAUGCUGAAUGGGAGUUCAUGUUUCUGUUGCAGCCUCAACACAGCGUUCCUGAUGUCUUCAUAUGGAUGAUCAGUAACGGGAAGCGUAUUGCUUAUGCCCGUGUUCCCUCCAAAGACAUCCUUUACUCCAGUGUGGAGGAGGAGGUGGGGAAGGACUGUGGCAAAGUCAAGACAAUCUUUCUGAGGGUGAGAGUUCAAUUACUAAUGAAAAUCAGGUCAUCUAAUUAGAGAUUCACCUUUAUCAGCUAUUGGCUGUCGCUCUGUACACAUCAGCAUCGGUGUAGACCACUAAAAAACUAAACUUGAUCCCUUUUGUAUCUGAUUUAACAUUUUUUUUUGUCUCUUUACAUAUAUAUUAUUUCUUCUUAUAUAUAUCAAAGAUCCCUGGUAAGAAAGGUUUUGGGCCUGCUGGAUGGACAGUUCAGUCCAAGUGUGAGAUUUAUCUGUGGCUGGGUCUGACCAGACAGCGCAAAGACUACCUGAGAGGACUUCCCAAUGGGUUUGAGGAAAAUAAGUUGUCCAAAGGACCCGGUCUGCCGUGUACACCUCCCAUCAGCCUCACCUACAUGAGUAAGACCCCCAGCUGCCAGCUGAACACAUAACAAAUCAAAGUUGUUUGGAGUAAAAGGGUCUUAUUUGAAAUUCCUCAUCCAUCAAUGUGUCCACAGUGAAACAGAUCUUCCAGCUGAGGGUCCACAUGUACCAGGCUCGCAGCCUGUUUGCAGCAGACAGCACCGGUCUGUCUGAUCCCUUUGCAAGAGUUUUCUUCUCAACACAAAGUCAGGUCACUGAGGUAAGAGCUCUCAAGAAGCUUUUGUAGAAGUCAGGCAUCAGUCUGGGAAAUGAUUGAAUCCGCAGAAACGUCUUCAAAUGUUUUUGUUUUGCUUUUAGGUGCUGGCCGAGACUCUGUGCCCCACAUGGGACCAGCUCCUGGUCUUUGAGAACGUGGAGCUGUUCGGAGAAGCCAGCGAACUGAGAGACGACCCUCCUAUCAUUGUCAUUGAAAUCUAUGAUCAAGACACAGUGGUAAGGGUUGUUUUGGUAUAGAGGUGCCUCUUUGUCAGUUUGUCUUUAAUGGGAGUAAACAGUCUGCAGCUGCACAGCUUCAGUUUCUAGAUAGCAAUCCUCAAACCUUAUCACCCCUGUAAUUUGAGAGUCAGUCUGUCUUAAACCUGAAAUACAAGACCUCACAGCCACUAAUGAGACUAAAACCCACGUGAGAUACACCCUCAGUAACGGGUCCUUCUUUGUAAAGCUCAGUUUUGAAGUUGGUUUGAGGGACUUCUUCAGUUUCAUUGUGUCAAAUCUCAUCUGAUUUAUAUUUGAAAGAAUGCUUUUGCUGACUGUCUAUUUUAUAUUUGUUCCUGGCAAUAACACCUUUGUUUUGGAUGACCCUUUUGGAUAAGUAGAGUGUGGAUUCUGAUGGCUUGAUACACUGUAGCAGCACUGUCAUGUUUGCAGAGUAGUUUGAAUGAAAGGCAUGCAAGAGGAAUAAGAUAUAAACGCACCAACUCUUUUUUGAUCGUCUUACACCUGUUGCAUUCCUUUAAAUAAAGUUUUGUGCUCUUUGUAUGAUCCCAAACAAAAUCUCUUUACAACCACUAACUGCAAGAGAGAUUUCAUUUAUUUUUCAAUCAUUAAGUUACACGUAUGUCUGUUUUGCAGUUCACUGGUUAUUUUAGGGAUGCUGCUUUUGUUUACUUUUUCUUUCGGACUCUUAUAUCUUCUUAUUUUUUAUAUAAGCUGCCCAGAAACAUGUGCAUCCAAAGCCAUGUUUCUGUUUCCUUAUAGGGCCAUAAAAGUUGUUUAAUUGUGAACACUGGUGGAUGAAUACGGUAGGCCAAAAAGACCAUUCUUUCAAAUAUUUUAACCUGAACUCAUGAUUUCAUAGCUGGGUUAUUUAAGUUUUAUUAAUCUUUUUGCUUCCAGGGUAAAGCAGACUUCAUGGGCAGAACAUUUGCUAAGCCCGUCGUAAAGAUGGCGGACGAGCACUAUGGUCCGCCACGCUUCCCCCCUCAGCUGGAGUAUUAUCAGAUCUACCGUGGGAACUGCACCGCUGGAGAAAUGCUGGCAGCCUUUGAAUUGCUCCAAGUGAGGCUAACAGACGGCUAAACCUUUUAAAAGUCAGAAUACAUUAUGAGAUGAAUAUUUCUGAUGUUAUUUUUGAUGUGUGUUAGAUUGGCCCCAAUGGGAAAGCUGACCUUCCACCCAUAGAUGGGCCCACUGAUAUGGACCGCGGCCCCAUCCUCCCGGUUCCACUUGGAAUCAGACCAGUGCUCAGCAAAUACAGGAUCGAGGUAAAACCUGUUUGACCAGCAUGAUGGACUUUAUUCAUUAGAAAUAAAGCAAGGUGAAUCAGAAAGAAAUGAAUUUCCCGAUCUCUCAGGUUUUGUUCUGGGGCUUGAGAGACUUGAAGAGGGUGAAUCUGGCCCAGGUGGAUCGGCCUCGUGUGGACAUCGAAUGCGCAGGGAAGGGGGUGCAGUCUGCCCUCAUACCCAACUACAAGAAAAACCCAAACUUCAGCACGCUUGUCAAGUGGUUUGAAGUGGUAAUUUAUCAUUUUAAUUAACAUUUGUCCCAAAUUAUUAAAGUUCCUGUGAGGAAUUUUAGUUUAUGUUGAUUUUGCCGCCCCCUGUGGACAAAGCAGUACCUUCAGUCUACUUUCUUGUCUUGUCGUUAACAUGAAUGGACAGUGUUUUGUCUAAUCUGUUUGGUUUUCAAGGUCAUUAUAGAUUCAGUCUGUUUCACAACAACUUAAAAACUCCUCACAGGAGCUUUAAAUCACAUUUAACAUACAUUAGAAAAGACAUGAUGGGCACCAUUGACUUUUAAAGCACACUUUCUCACACACAAUCCCAAAAUUAAGCUAACCCUGGAUGUUGUGAUUUAAGGACUUGCCUGAGAAUGAGCUGCUCCACCCUCCGCUCAACAUCCGAGUGGUGGACUGCAGAGCUUUUGGCCGCUACACUCUGGUCGGCUCCAAUGCCGUCACCAGCCUGCGCAAGUUCAUCUACAGGCCGACAGACAAGCAGGCCAACAACUACACCACUACAGGUGUGUGAACUAAAACUCUUGAGUGCAGUGUGAGUUCCCUCUGUUAGGUAACACGUUGAUAAUAUCUGGAAAUGUUUCAGAGGAAAUCAUUGUCGUCAACAUGGAACCCGAGUCUUCCUUCAAGAAGAUGGAAACUGUGGUCAAACUCGACUCAGUAAGUGUCUAAAACUAUAUAUAACCUUCAUUCCUAGAAAAAGUCACGGUGUUUAACAACUUCAGCACAGUAGACAACUCAUCAGACCUUUAUUAUAAAACUGAGCAGACAAAAUCUGAAACUGUUGAUCAUUAUGUAACCUGUUUUUCUGCCUAGUGCUCCGACGCUGUGGUCAAAGUUGAGGUAAGGAAACUGAACAGUGCCCGAGGAUAAAAACAGACUUAACGUUGUUUCAAAGAAGUCUGACACUUUAAUGGAUUUCUUUGAAAACAGGAUGACGAUAAAGAUGGAAAGGGGAAAAAGAGGAAGAGGAAGAAGGGCGACGAGAUUGAAGAGGAGGAGCUUGAUGAGAGCAUGUUGGACUGGUGGUCCAAGUACUUUGCCUCCAUUGAAACUUUGACAGAGGUGAGUGACAAGGAAAAACAGACAUUUCUUCUCUUAAAUUACUGAUAUUUGGAUUAAGUUGAGCUACAUUCAUACAGAAAAGUCUGCCAGGGUUGACAGCUACAGAAGCCCAAAGCGGACAUACAACUACAGCGUUAUUGUCCAUCACUUGUUUGUCGAUUGUUUUGGUACAUAGCUGAAAGGGGAAGUACUGUCACCUGGUGUAGCAGACGUGGACUUAAUUUUGUUGCCGAAUCAGUUCUCUCAAGUGUGUGACCUUCAGAUUGGAGAAUAAAUAAGUUGAUAUCAGAGGCGACAAACAGAAGUUAGUCAUGUGAUGCAAAAACAGAAUUAAAAAAUAUAAUGUCUGUACGCUCGCUUUACUUUACCAGCUCUAAAAUUAAGAGUUAAAGGAAUAUUCUGGCGUAAAAUUAAUUUAGGGUCAGACACACCGUAACACCGAGUUAGACACCCCAUCGAAAGAUCAUAAAUGUUCUUCCUUGAGCUGCGUCACCCCACUAUAGUCCGUAAUGGACUGGCCUGAGUUCUUGCUACAAUCAAGCGGCUGUUGGAAGAGAGUAGGUGAGUUGUGUUUAGUCUCUUUGCUAAAGAAAUCAGGCAAAGUUCAAAAGAUAAUUGGUGGCUAGUACUGUGGCUGUGACCCUAUAUGUACUGUUGAUGAAGUUAGGUGCUGUUCUGAGCAUUAUUUGUGGCUAUAGAGUGGCAUUUUAGUUGAGGUUUGUUUAUGGCUCCUCAGACCACUGUGUACUGCUAUCCUGCGGUUGUAACUAAAGUUGUUAUAACUAGAGAAGCAAGCGGUUGGUAACAUUCAUCUCUCGAGGGGGUGUCUAACUCGGUGUUAUAGUGUGCUUGACCCUAAAUUAAUUCUACGCCGGAAUAUCCCUUUAAACUGGGUCUUAUUUUGUUGAUAAAUCUGAAUGUGAAACUUUUUCUUACUCCAACAGUCACUGAAGGCUCAAGAGGCUGCUCUGUCAGACACAGAGGACAAAGAUGAAAUGGACAUUGCAGAUGGUGGAGGUAAAACCAGAUACUCACUAGACAUAGUUUUAACCAUUUUAAAUCUUUAGAGGAUCAUGCAUGCUAUCUUUGUCCCACAUCUCCUCCCCACACCAUGUAGUAACCAUCACUAAUACUCCUUGUCUGUAUGUGUUGUCGAAGCAAAUCUGGGAUGUUUUAGUUGCAAUGCAAGGUCACAAAACUGGAAAAGAGAAAAUAAGAAAUACACCACCUUGUUGUCCGUGCAUGUUCACACUAUGUUUGCUCACUAAUGCUUGUUGUUUUUUUUCUACAGUGCAGUAGUCGAGCUCUGUAGCGCAAGAAUGCCUCCACGUAGACGAUGACAUGAAUCCAAAUUUCCACACAUGGGACAACCGCUUUUCUCUCCCAUACAUGCAUAUCAGACGUAUGCUUGCCAUGAAAGUUGUCAUUGAAUCAAACCGCAAAGUGCACUUAGAAUUAGCUAUUUAUUACAGGACGAUACACACAACAGACAUGACAUGACUAGACUGGAGGUGUCAAUGACAAGAACCGGUCCAGUUGUGAGCGUGUCUUCUUUUGCAGAGAUGAAACGACCAAGAGGAUCAUUUCAACCCCAAGUAUCUCCAUUGAAUUGUCUGCCUCACUGGUUUACAAUUCAAUGGUAUGCUUGUAAACAGUAACAGUUGGUUUUGACAACUUUCAUGUAGAAUUCAUGUCUCGAGUGCUCUGCUCCUCCACCCCAUCCCCCCACUUCCCUCUCUUCCCGCCGUCCUCACCGCUAACCUAUACUCAGAUAUCAAACCUGAUGACUUUCCUGUGAAAGGCACCAAGAAAGGGAAAGGAAAGAAGGAGAAGAAGAGGCAGGUGGAUCCGUAUGAGAAGAAAAAGCCCAAGCUGGAUGAGCUAAAGGUAUCUGGAGCUUGUUUUUGUGAGAGACUAAAUGGCACAGGAUGAAGAUUCACCUGGAAAAAUGAAGACCUGUCUGCAGCAGAAUCGUGUUUGUACUCUCAAAUUAGGUCUACCCUAAAGAGCUGGAGGGUGAAUUCGACAACUUUGAAGACUGGCUCCACAGUUUCAACCUGUUCAGGGGGAAAGGAGGCGAUGAUGAUGACCAAAAUGUGACAGAUGAGGACAGAAUUGUUGGAAAAUUCAAGGUAAGAACCUGAAGUUGUGGUUAAAACAAGUUUGGAGUAGAAAAUGCUUAGAAACUAAGGUACUUAUUUUUGAGUUGACAUGUUUUUUUUUUCCGUUUUAGGGCUCACUGUGCAUGUACAAAGUGUCAGACGACAUGCCCAGAGACAUGAGCUUUGACUCCAACAUGGGGAUGUUUCAGAACAUUCCUCACAACGAUCCAAUCAACGUCCUCGUCCGCAUCUACGUUAUCAGGGUAGGCCGUGCGUCCACGUAUUUUAUCUUCAUAAGAAUCCUCACAUACAUGUCUCAGAUGAUGUUCAAAUAUUCGUUUUAUUUUUUCUUUUGGUAGGCGACUGAUCUGCAUCCAGCUGACAUUAACGGGAAAGCCGAUCCCUACAUCGCGAUCAAACUGGGAAAGACAGAAAUCAAAGACAAGGAGAACUACAUCUCCAAGCAGCUCAACCCUUUAUUUGGAAAGUGAGUGAAAGAUGAAACUAUCAUGGCUCACAGUAUCUCACAAAGCCGUUUCUAUCAUAUAAAAACUGUAUUCCUAAUUUGAUCAGAUCCUUUGACGUGGAGGCGACUUUCCCGAUGGAUUCCACACUCACGGUGUCGAUUUACGACUGGGACCUGGUGGGAACCGAUGAUCUGAUCGGAGAAACAAAAAUCGACCUGGAGAACCGUUUCUACAGCAAACACAGAGCCACAUGUGGAGUCUCCUGCAACUACGCCAUGUAAGAACCAAAGAUCAGACUCCCAGCUGCUCUGUGAGGUAGACUGUGGAAAAAAGAGGUGGUCAAUUAUUCAUGACAAGAUCAACAGAGCGUCGGGGUGACUCGGGUGACAGCAGUCAGCCAUGGCAUCGCUUGGUUAAACCUAUUUCCAUUAUAUAGUUCAAUGAAGAGGAAAGUCUUAGUCACGUUUUCACACAGUUCAAAGAUAUCAAUAAUGUGAUGUUUUUCAUGCCAUUUCUCCUCUCUCCUGUAGCCAUGGUUACAAUGUUUGGCGAGACCCAAUGAAACCCUCACACGUCCUGGCUAAGCUUUGCAAAGAUGGCAAACUGGACGGGCCUCACUACGGCCCAGGAGGAAGAGUGAAGGUGGAGAACCGGGUCUUUAUGGCGCCGACUGAGAUCGAAGAUGAAAAUGGUACGAGCAAAAGUCUUUGAACGAUUGUUUCAAAUUCCUCUGGAGUAGUAACGUGUUCUCAGAUUGAACAGACCUUUUUAUUGCCUGGGUUAUCAAACAUUUGACCAUGUUUUUCAGGUUUGAAGAAGCAGACAGAUGAACAUCUGGCUCUGACCGUGCUGAGGCACUGGGAGAACAUCCCUCGAGUCGGCUGCAAACUUGUCCCAGAACACGUGGAAACCAGACCGCUGCUCCACCCGGAUAAAGCAGGAAUUGAACAAGUAAUUUAUCCGGCGCACUCUGCAAGCUCUACUCCCGCCACCUACACCUUAAAUCAUACCAUAAAGCUUUGUUUGCAUACUUAAUUCCUUGUGUUUAAUUGUUUUUAGGGCAGAAUCGAGAUGUGGGUGGACAUGUUCCCUAAAGACAUGACUGCACCUGGUCCAGCCCUGGACAUUUCACCAAGAAAACCAAAGAAGUAUGUCCCGUAGUAAGACCUGACACUUUUUAAGAGCACGAUCAAGAGUUAAUUAUUUAUGAGCAUUAUUUUCUCUUGUGUCCAGGUUUGAACUGAGGGUGAUCGUCUGGAACACUGAUGAGGUCGUUCUGGAAGAUGACGAUAUCUUCACCGGCGAGAAAUCCAGUGACAUAUUUGUGCGAGGGUAAUUAGCAGCGUCACGUCUUAAUUUUUAGCGGCGAAUUCCUAAUACAUGGACACACUGACUGUUUAUUCUACUUCAAAUUGGAUGGACAAGAUAUCCUCUUAAGAGUCAUGUUGAUUUUCUCCAAGAUGUUGAAUCUGAACCUUUUUCCUCUGACAGCUGGUUAAAGGGGCAGCAGGAGGACAAGCAGGACACAGACGUCCAUUAUCACUCCAUCACCGGGGAGGGAAACUUCAACUGGCGCUUCGUCUAUCCCUUUGAUUACCUGAUGGCCGAGGAGAAGAUCGUUAUCUCCAAAAAGGAGUCCAUGUUUGCCUGGGAUGAAACUGAGUACAAGAUCCCUGCUCGUCUGAAUCUUCAAGUGUGGGAUGCUGACCAUUUCUCUGCAGAUGACUUUUUAGGUACAGAAAUAUGCUAAUUGAUAUUUUUUGGAUAGACAUAGGUUCCUUUUUAAAUACCCUGCCAAAAAACUUUUCUUGCAUUUAAUCUUCUCUAACAACGUCUCCUUACAGGUGCAAUCGAGCUGGAUCUGAACCGCUUCCCACGCGGAGCAAAGACAGCCAAGCAGUGUAGCAUCGAUAUGGUGACGAACGAAGCAGAGAUGCCCAUGGUCUCCAUCUUCAAACAGAAGAGAAUCAAAGGCUGGUGGCCGUUUGUGGCCCGAAACGAAGAGGACGAGUUCGAACUCACGGUUGGUCGACGUAGCAAACACCCUCGAGUAUUUGUUAUUGCUGUGAAAAACUCGUGAGGAAAUUCGUCCUUGUGACUGAGACGCCUUUAAUUGCCCCUGUAGGGCAAAGUGGAAGCAGAGCUGCACCUUCUGACUGGAGAGGAAGCCGAGAAAAGCCCCGCCGGUGAAGGACGGAACGAACCAGAACCGCUGGAAAAACCCAAGUAUGAAGGAUCCUUUGUUAUCACCUCCAUAUUUCAUCUACAAUCAUCACACACUCAUCCUAACACUUACUCAGUUAUUUCUUAAAGUCCAGCUGUAGCGCAAAUAUAAACUUUGUAAAAUAAGCGCCAUGAUGAGAAAAGUUCGGGUAAGUCUGGAUAUAAAAAUAAAGAUAAACUUUCCAUAAACUGAAAAUGUGAAUGAACAAACUUAAAACAAGCAUAAACAUUCAUAAAUUAACAUAAACUCCAAAUAUAAUAAAUGAAAAUGAACAAUUUCCUGAAGUGAGGAAACACAUUUGUACGUAUUUACAUCACCCAAGUUCUGGACUUACUCCUACAAUCUUCUCUCUUUUCAUGGUAAGUUGCUGUUUCCAUAUCUCUACCUAGAACCACCUUUAAGUUCUUGUAACUCUGUAAGCUUUGUCUUGCCUUUUGUUAAUAUAAUGUAAACUAUAUUUAUUAUUUUAGUUUAGCUAAGAGAGGAAACAAUCUCACAGAAAAGUCCAUGUCGCUCUACGUCUGAACAUGUGUUCUUGUCCUUCCAGCCGCCCAGACACCAGCCUUCUGUGGUUCCUCACUCCCUUCAAAGCCAUUAAACACUUGGUCUGCAACCAGUACAAGUGGCUGGCCAUCAAGAUUGUCACAGCUCUCCUGCUGCUGGCCAUGCUGGCUCUUUUCCUCUACAGCAUGCCUGGUUACAUGGUCAAGAAAAUGCUGGGAGUUUGA